AUGUUCUUCGACUCAUCUUAUCACGAAAGUGUUAAUUACGGUGGCCGUAGCCGUGGGUGGUGGUGGUUUGGCAGCGAAGAUGAAGCCGAGACUCUUUUCUCUUCAAGGACUCUCUCGUCAUCGGAGUGGCAGCAACAUCGUGAUCACCGGAGAAAGCACAACGCUAGCCGGAGAAGAGCUAAGAGCGGGAAUAAAGUAAAAGACAGCUUUUCCGUGAUGAAAAAUCCCGAUGAUCCCUACACUGAUUUCAGGGCAUCGAUGGUGGAGAUGAUCGUUGAGAGAGAGAUAUUUGAAGCUAAAGAAUCGGAACAACUGUUGCAGUGUUACUUGUUAAACUCUCAUCACCAUCAUAGGGUUAUCUUCGAGAACGACAACUCGACAAGAACAAGAGGUAAACUCUUUCACUUUGUUUGUCUUCUGCAUGCUCUUGAGCAUGGUUUUCAUAACCGGACCGGUUAG